GCGGUAAAAUUCAUUAUUAGUGAUCUUCCAAGCUUCAUCACAUUUAGUUCAGUGAAUAUAAAGCAAGGGGCCAUUUUCACUCGGCGAGACACGAUACCAAAAUCAACCAUCAUGAAGAAAGUCUGUCUCCUUAUUAUUGCUCUUACCCUACUAACUGAAGGGAGUUUUGGAUACCUUCAGAGGGCUGGUCGGAAGAAGAGGGACAGUUGCUUUCCAUUGGGUUCAGGGACAACUCCAAAUAUUGAGAAUAUUUUUCUGGGAAAAUGUUUGGACUUUCAGACCAAGAAGGCGAUACCAGAUGCUUGUCCACCAAGGCCAGUAAACUGCAACCAGUUAUGGGAUGACUUCAAAGACGCUAUAGCGUACAAGGACCCAUGUAAGAUUCCCCUUGAUGCAUAUGAUACAUUCAUUAAGGAUGUGCCUCAUCAACUUCCAAGAGACAAGACCAUGUUUUGGUCCGGUACAGACAACAUUGUCCAUGCUUAUACAGCGGCUACCAAUACUCUCUUGACUCUGGAGGAUACCAUGCUAGGAUACAUGGCCAAUGGUCUUCAGUGGUGUAGCUCGACGGAUAAGAGAUCUACUGGGUUGAACUUUGACGAGUGUCCCAAUUGGUGGGAAGAGGGAUGUAAAGUAGCUUCAACUGCGUUUUACUCCGGCACAUCAGAUGCGAUCGCAAGGCAAGCUACUGGAGUGAUCACAGUUAUGCUUGAUGGGUCCCGAACGGAUGGAGCCUUCCGGAACGACAGUUACUUUAAUCUUCAUGAGUUCCCAAACUUAGUCCCCCGUCAGGUGUCUCGAGCUGAUGUGAUUAUUGUCAAGCCAUUCGACAAGCCACUAUUUGAAACCUGUGGUGUUGGUUCCGUUGCGUACCUGGAGUCACUGUUCAAAGCUAAAGGGAUCCAGUUUACAUGCACCGAUGAAGACAAUCGAGCCUUUCACAUUCAGUGUUCCCACGACCCAACCAAUGAGCUUUGUGGAAGGCUGGAGACAGCGAAUUCUGGCAAUCUGAUUGGUCCACACUAUCAUGUGGCUCACUUGCUAGCUGCUGUCGUCAUGGUUAUGUAUUGGAUAUAGGUAGAGUCUGACAGUAUGUUCCAUAUAACAGGACUAUAGAGGGCGCAGUUUUAAAAGAUGUGUCCCAUGGUUGUGUUAUAAAAAAAAUUCUUUAAUGUUGGGGACGUAUCUAGGCAUCAGUACAACAAAGUUGUAACAUAAGCUUUUGAAAUUUUUGAAAUUUUUUGAAAGUUUUUUAAUGUACAAAACAUGACUUGUAGCAAAUGA